AUGGAAUUCUGGGAACAAAUAAGUGAUAAAAGCUUCCAUUCGAGGCUUAAGACGUUCGUUGACAUGUUGGAUAAAGACUCUAAUGGUAGAAUAACCGAAGACGAAGUUAGAGAAAUCAUCAAUCUUAGUUCAUCUGUCAACAAUUUGUCAAACAUCCAAAGGCAGAGAGAUGAAUAUGUAGCAUUGAUAAUGGAAGAGCUCGAUCCAGAUAAUAUUGGAUACAUCACGAUUGAGAGUCUUGAGUGCUUGCACGCGGAAACACAGCAUCCCUUUUCAAUAACUUCUGCACCACAAGACGAUUAUCUCAGUGUUCAUAUAAAAUCAGUGGGAGAUUGGACAGAGGCUGUCCAAAAAGCUUUCUCCGAGCUCAUAGACAUGUAUCAUGGUGCAAAUAAUCCCGACUUCUUCUACAGUUUGCCCAAAAUUAUGAUUGAUGGUCCGUACGGUGCACCGGCACAAGAUUACAAGAAGUACGAGGUGGUUCUUUUGGUCGGCCUUGGGAUUGGAGCCACCCCAAUGAUCAGCAUUAUCAAGGACAUUAACAACAAUAACGAGGCCAAGGAACAUGAACAACUCAACCGAAUAGAGAAGGGAACACAACAACAAGGUAAGAAAGAGAGUUUCAAGACGCGAAAGGCUUACUUCUACUGGUUAACAAAAGAGCAAGGCUCAUUUAGUUGGUUCAAGAACAUCAUGAACGAGAUUGUUGAACGGGACACAAGUAAUGUCAUAGAACUACGUAACUAUUGCACUAGCAUUUACGAAAAAGGAGAUGUUCGUUCCGCGUUUAUACAUAUGCUUCAGUCUCUAAACCAUGCCAAGUAUGGCAUGGACAUUGUCUCUGGGACAAAUGUCAUGACCAACUUCGCCAAACCCAAUUGGAAAAAUGUCUACGAACAUAUAGCCAUAGAUCACCCUGGCUCUCAUGUUGGAGUGUUCUACUGUGGAGAACUUGCAUUGGCAAACCAAGAGAACUUCUACCCACAAUGCUGA